UCAGCAGUGAUCGGGUUAUUGCUGUGUGUGACUGUGGCGUGCCGUAGGGCGGGAAGGUGGCCGCGGCUGGAGAUACAGAGAGAUAAGAGCUGGAAAAAAUUCUACAGGCGGGCGUGUCCUGGCCGCGGAGAGGAUGCCAGACCAGCGUGGUAGAGAGCAAUUUUCCUGUUGUCCCUUCGGAAGAGUUGAGGAGUCGUGGCGAUGUCGUUAGAGAGUCGCCUCUGAGUGACAGUGACGUGUUGUAGUUGUUGUGUUGUAAAUCAUGAGUCUUGGAAGCACAGACAUGGAAGACUGACCCAGUGAAUUCAACAGCCUCCCUUGGCACUCCGCCUCCACGUGAGGCAUUGCAAGCGAAAGCAGAUUUCUUUCUUGUCUGUGUCGCAGCCCGCGGGCCCCCACCGGCACCAUGAUGGGAAUGUACGCUCAGAAGUUCCGCAUGCGGCGGUAUGGCGGAUCAGGCAGGGACUCGCCCCCCACGAUAGGGCACGAUCGCGUCAACUACAUCAAUCCCACCAUCAACUAUGACAAGUUUCCGAGGAAAAUCCGCCCAAAACGAGGACGGUCAGCAAACGGCAGCGAGAAUUCCCUGAGCUCGCCGGGCAACAGGUCCCGUCGCUGCUCCUGUCUCGAGAACUUAAACCUCACCUCGGAGCAGCUGACGGCGCUGCGCCGCCACUCUGACCACAGCCGCGAGGACGAGGACGGCCUGCUCCUGCAGCAGCAGCAGCAGACUGAUGAGAUUCUCCACGCCUCGGCGGACGUCCUCACCAGGAUGUUCACCUGCCUCAACACCAACGCCGAGCCGCCGCCCAAAAACACCACCCUGAGUGACCCGCGGUACACGAGUCGCCCCAGGGACAAGCCCGAGGCGUACUCCCCAAAGCAUGGCGGUCGCUAUUCCUACUCGGCCUUGGAGGAUGACGCCGCCGGGGAGCGUCUGGAGAUGGAAAGGAAGGCCGCCAGGGGUACGACAAGGGAUACCUCAGCCCUGGCCGCCAGAAGCUACCUCAGGGGACACCAGCGGUACUCCCUCCUAGAACACUUACGGGACAUCGGUUCUCGUAUUGACAAGAACUGGUUUAUCAUUCGUGACGCCUCCGUGAAGACCGAGCACCUGAUGACCCUGCAGCCUUACGACGAGCACUGCCCCAUCCCCAUGACCCACGGCACGCGCGAGGCACUCAUCGAGCUCUUCCAGGCUCUGCACCACCCGUGCAUCUACCCAGUGUUGGACGUGGACUUUGCCAACAUCUCUUCCCACACGUACAUCGUCACCAUCAUCCCCCACAACAACAAGGGCACGCUCAAGGACCUCAUUUAUCGGAGUCACUGGCAAGAUGACUGGGUGGAGAAGUACCAGCAGCGCUCAUCGGGGCUGCCAGUGGGCCAGGUCCAGCGGCUGGGGCGGCAGGUGUUGGAGGCCCUGCUCUUCCUGCAAGACCGAGGCUUUCCCCACUGCGGCCAUCUGCACUCUGGGAACUUGGUACUGCAAAACGGUGUGGCAAGACUGUCCGGGGUGGAGAACACACUGCUGGGCCUCACCUCCAGGAUCUACCCAAUCAUCAAGCGUCGCCUCAAGGACAACAGAGACGCCAUAGACUCAGUGUGUUUCGGCCACGUCCUGUUUGAGAUGUGUGCUGGAUACGAGCUGUCGUCUGCCCACCCUACCGCCAAGCACCUUGAGGACAUCUCCACCUAUCCCCAAGUGGUGCAGGUGCUGGAGUACAUCUUUGGUAAUGGAGACCAGUACCCCAGCAUUGAAGAAAUCCUCUGCCUUGACUUCUUCCGUAACCUGGAUCUAGAAAUGCGGGCAGCUCCUCUCCCGUCACAGUUCCAGAUUCGGUACUCACCAAUGAUAAGGAACAUCCUCAAGGAAGUCAGAAGAUUCCAAAAACAGAGAAGUGUUCAGCGGCGGACUCGCUCACUAAGCCGUGGGGACACUUUUGAAGGCGAUGAGUACUACCGCCGGGACCCAAGGCGUGGAAAACGUGGGGGCGGCACAGCCUCGGGCGGUGAAGGGGGAGGAGACACUCCCACCAGCAGUGAGGCCUCAGCAGGGGGAGCUGGGGUGGGGGAAGACAGCGUCCCCCCAUCCUCAGCCUACAACACUCCCUCGGCCUCCCUAGCUGCCCUCUCCUCCCCAGCUUCUGAUGUCACCCCGUCCCCUGAGCACCCCACACACCGCCUGCUGGAGGUGCCCUCGCCUCAGCACCCCACCUCCACCUCCACAUCCACCGUCUGUCAGGAUGUGUUCCACACUCCGCCACACACGCCGCCCACCCCUCAGAACCACCCAAUGAGAAAUAACCAUAUCAGCCAGGCCCACAACGACCGCCCACUAACAACGACUCGAUAUCCGCCCAAAGACUCACGCAGCUCCCAGUGGCCAAACACAAAUCACCUGACCCAGAAUGGCCAUGCAGGAAAGCGUGGCCAGCCAUGGACGUGACCCAGUAGUAGUGGUGCUGGUGUGACUCUCCUGUCUAAUGCGCUAGCUGCUGCUGCACCCAUCCCAUGGCUCCCUCUAUAGUAGUGUUGUUCUUAUCUUGAAUAUUUUCAUUUCUUACUCCUUUAUUAUUGAAGAAAAAAGAAGAGUAAUUUCUCAUUUUCCAGGCCAUUCGCUAAAAAGUGGAUAACUUCAUCAGUGAUUCAUGCACCUGCGAUGCAAUUCGAACAACUGCCAAAGUGCAAAGGUGCAGGAUGUGUGCCACGUGAUUCCCAUAGUUGUAGUGAGAAUCAUUUAUAAAUCAGAACAAAAGUGACUGUGACAGGCUGAAGCACCCAUAGGGCUGAACCAGUGUCUCAUGUGACAGCCCCAUGCCCGGCCGCAGCCCGAUAUGAGGAAAUGGCAAGGACCACAUGGAUGCUGUGAUGUAACCAUGACAUGAGUUGUUGCAGUGAUGUGCACCGCCACUCUGAGGCAGUAGUGAUGAUGUGAACAGUUUUGUUACUGUUUGAGUGAACACUGUUAAGCACAGGAAUGUUUUGUUCCGAAUUAAGAAAGUUUUCAUAUAAAAUCUAAUCACAUUAAUGCAAUAAUAUUAAAGUGUUUCAUGUAUGUAUAUGUAUAUAAAUAUAUUUCAUUAUGCUAUGAUUUUAUAAAGCAUGCCAUCAUUUUAUAUCAUGCAGCAGAUAUUUUGCUGUGCAUAUCUACUAAAAUUAUUGACCUAAUGCCAGUGUAGGUCUUGAGUUUUUGUACAAGAAUUUAUCACAUUUUAAUUUGAUAUUUUCCUCAGUAUAAAUACCUAAAUUAAGAAUGUCUUUUCUCAUGAAAUGUGUCAGGUAUCAUUUAAUCACUCAUUGCCUGAAUCUACUUUGCCCCUUUUCUGUAUCAGUUUGUGUAUUACCAGCUGGAACUUCAGACACAAAACCAAAAAUACAUACUGGAAAAAGAGAUCAUCAUUAUAUAUACUGAAUAUACAUGCACACACUAAAUGAAUAGAUAAGCAAAUUCAAAUACUGUAUACAGGAUGUAACACACACUUUCUGUGGAUAUUGGUAUUAAAAAAAGAAAGUGCACAUUAUUUUAAGUGGAAAAUUUUCUAUGCACAUAUGCAUUCUGAGGAUUUGUUAAGCUAUGGCAUGAAAUUUGAGUGUGGCUGGAUGACAAAUACAAUGGCUGGGCCAUGUUGAUAUUUAUGGCAUAGAAACACCAUGUCCACAUACUCUAUCUUACUGUAAGUGCAUGUGACAUUUUUAAGCUUUUCCUGUCAAAAUCAUGCAAUACAAUCUAAAUAUUCAUUGUCACCAUCUUGGCGUGAAACUGCAAAUGAUUGAUUAUCAGUCACCUAAUUUCCUGCUAGCUUUACUUAUUUCUCCUCCAUGCUUGGGCAGGCAAGAUCUUGUGUAGCAUAUUAUUCAUUUGUCAUUAAUUAAAGCCAUGGUAUCAUUCUCCUGUGUUUAUCAGCAAAUCACCUCUUUCAACAUACUCAUUUCAUUACAGCAUACAGUAAUACAGUACUACUCUGAAACCAGUAGAAAUGAUGAAUGAAUAACUCAAUAUUUUACCAUCAAACAUCACGUUAUCAUGUCCUGCCAAGAUAACAGGCUGGCCGCUGUUACCUGGCCACAUUUAAAUUUCAUCCCACAGCUAAACAACACCUCAAAAUGUAUAUGUGUAAAGAACAUUUUCUACUUAGAAUAACCUGUACUUUUACUGCUAGCAAUAUCUGCAGAAACUUGUGUUAUAUCCUGUAUAAUAUGUAAACGGAUUUAGUUUAAAUGUGAUAAAAUCUACUCGCGUAAUAUGAAUUUGAUCAGCUGAAAGCAAUUGGUCAUAUGUGCUUUAAAGCACUGUAGUGUACAGGUAGGAAGAGAUAAGGAAAAAAGAGCCAUUGCUGGAUGAGUAGUUCAGAUUAACUGAUUAAUCUCAACAUCCGAUAGAUCUCAACAUGGCUUUGGCAUUCAUCACAGUUAAAAUCACCUUUCAGAUAUUCGUUGCAAAGGAGGAACUAGCAGAAUUAUCUUUUUUUUUUUUUUAUGUGGAAUGAUCAACAAACAAAAAGUUGCUGGAAGCCUAAAACUUCAUGACUUUCUAUCAUUCAUAACAUAUAAAUUUUUACCAUUCAUUAAAAAUUCCAAUUAUUGUAAAUAUUCACACUUUUAUUGAAAAUAUACCUAUAUUUUGAUCACCAUUUGUACAUAUGUUUCCUUAAUAUAUAU